AUGCCGGACAUUCUAAUUGGUUUUCCCGAUGAAGAAGUCGCUCCUACACCCCCAACGGCAUUUGACAAUUUCAUUGGUGGACAGCCAGCAAGUUUGGCAGCGCCCGAGAGUUUCCCCUCGGCUACGCCAGAAUGUCCCAACUGUGAUGGCCCCACAUCUUUUGUUAUGCAGCUUUACUGUCCUGUCAAUGCUAAUGACCGCGUUCUCUACUUUUUCUCCUGUCCUCGAAAGGACUGUCAGGUAACCGGUUGUUGUUGGCGAGUGUUCCGGCUUUCAUCCAAACUCCCAGAAUCUCUAACACCCCUACAAGAAGAUCUUGGAGUUGUUGUGACUAAUUGCGAAUGGAAGUUGGAUGAAGAUGACGGAGAAAAUGACAGUGAUGUCUGGUUUGAUCCGUCUUUGACGGUUAAUACGAGGAGAACUGAAACUUCACAUGCAAUCACCCACCUAAUAAGUCCCUUUAAGUGUCACUACAUCCAAGUUUAUGAUGAAACGGAUAAGGACCAGUCGGAAAAGUCACAAAACUCCGACCUUUCCGAUUGGGUUCUUGAUUAUCAUGCGGAAGCAGAAUUUGUGGAGGAGGACGAGAGUGUAGAAUAUGGUAAUGGGAACGAUGUCACCUUUACGUCACAGUACCAGCUACAUUUGGCCACUCGUGACCCCAGGUACGGCUGCGAACCUGUCCGCUACGCCUGGGUCGGUCAACCGAUAUUCACUACCGCUGCGCCCUGUGAUGAGUGGGCACCCCAUCUAAAGUGUCCCAGGUGUGGUGGUCGCCGCGUCUUUGAGGUUCAGCUGUUUUCUACCCUCAACAACUACCUUUCCAAUGUGAAAGAGAAGGGUGCUAGCCCCGGUGUGGCCUUUGAUCCCAUCUGGCCUCUCCAAUUCUCAACCCUCAUCGUCUUCUCCUGUCUGGCUGACUGCCCAUCUGAGGAGUGGGUAGAGGAGUGCGCACUUGUACAAACUGAGCGCGGAGAGAGUGUCUUCAGUAGUGGAAAUUGA